CAAAUUUAUAUUAAUCUGUUUAGAGAAUUUGCAUCCAGGUUUAGCUCCAGAGGAUUGUGACUACAGAGAAGCCGUCAAAGGAGGAUGAGUAAUUUCUUAGGGCAUAUUCAGUGUUGGGUAGAGGACUCCAUGCAUUGCGAAUUGCAAGGUAUGAGAUGUAAAAGAGAGCCCUGCUUCAAUUUCCGUUAGUUGCUACAAUGGUCAGAGUGAUAAAAGCGUGUGGUUUCCUCUUCAGCAUCUGAGUGCCGUAUAGUAGGGAAGGCAGACUUCUGACUUUGCGGGCCAGCCUCUGGCUGAAAGCAUGGCUGCGUUCUGAUGGCGUCCUCCGCUCAGUUUCCCCCUUCCCCAGUCCAUCCCAGCAUGGAGCCUGAGAGCGAGACCCCAAGGAAGGGAAAAACCCCCGAAGACAGCAGAAACAUGGAUCUCUCCCAUAAAUUAUCUAAGAGAGAGCUCACCACACUGUACGAAGAUGUCCUUUACACCAUUCUCCAUCGUGUGGGCAAAAUGGAACUUAAUCAUGUUACUGAUCCGGAGGAACUCUAUGAAUAUGUGCAAAAGGCCUUCAAUAUUGAUCCAGGAGAGCAUCGGAUUAUACUACAGAGGGUCAAACAGCUAGAGAAGCCAAUUUUUUGUCUUAAAGCAACUGUGAAGCAAGCCAGGAAUAUUCUGGGUAAAGAUGUCAGUGGAUUAAGUGAUCCAUACUGCUUCCUAGGGAUAGAAACCAAAAAACAAGACUCUUCAGCCCAUGGUGCUUCUCAUCAUGAGAACAAAAAACGAUCCAAGGCUGUGGUGAAGAACCUGAUCCCAGAGGACCAGACCCAUCGCACGCAAGUCAUCCGUCAGACCUUACAUCCAGUGUGGGAUGAAACCUUCAUCCU